GCUAAAUGUAGGUCACAAGUAUAUAAGUUGGAGCUAAAGGACAGAUAUUUUCAUUCACAGCUAACUUAGGAUAAAUAUAAAGGAAAACCGAUUAUUAACAUUGUGAAAAAGAGAAAGCGUUAAUAUGAUAGGUGUGACGUUGUUAUGCCUGGUUAAAACUCUGUGUGCGUCAUCUGUGGCUGCUGCAGGAACCCACUGGAUUGUUAUACCUGAUAAAUUCACCCCGGGAACGCCCCUACCCCUGACCUUUACUUUCUACAACACUUCCGGAGUAGAUGUCGAGGUACAGGUUGACUUGAUACGUGACGACCAUCAUAGCGUGGCCACUCUUCUACAUACAUUCAAGGAAGCCAAGUCGGAAAUCUUGCAGUUACAGGUACCGAGCACAGGGGAUGAUCCAAACACAUACACUCUGCUUAUCAACGGUUUAAGUGGAGUAUAUUUCCAAGAGCAUGGUAUCAUUCAUUACGACUCGGGAUCUAUGCCAGAAAAGUUUGCAAUUCAUAUACAGACAGACAAAGGCAUCUAUAAACCGGGACAGACAGUUCGUUUUCGAACAUUUGGAAUUUCAUCCGAUAUGAUGGUUUACACUGGUCAAUUCAACAUAUCUGUCUAUGACCCAAAAGGCAACCAAAUGAAGAAAAUGACGAAUGUAUCAGAUACGACGUAUGGCGUUGUUGAAGAUUCUCUUAUAAUGGACACUGAACCUGUUCUGGGAAAGUGGAAAAUUACAGUCAGUACAAAUGAACAUUUGUUUGCAUCAGAAGAUAAAUAUUUCACAGUGGAUAAAUACGUACUGCCAAAAUUCCACGUAAGCGUCGAAUUACCCCCAUUUGUCGUUACUACAGACAAAGAAAUGCACGGCACAGUCAAAGCCAAGUACACAUACGGCAAGCCUGUAAUAGGAACUGUGAAGUUGUAUGCUGAUAUUGACUACCGUAAUACUCCGUGGAAGUACCAUGGUGAUGAAGUCAUGGUAGAAGCCGCCUUUGAUAUAAACGGGGAGGCAAAAUUCACUGUUCCAUUCAGCCGAAUUACUAACGAAGUUGAUCCGAACUCAUAUCAACCACUUGUUGAAAAGUUAGCAGGAUACCACCUACAGAUUAAAGCCUCUGUCACAGAAAGUAUAAACAACAUAACAAGAAACGCAUCAGCUCAGGUUUUGUUCUACAAGGAACCAUACAAAAUAGGAUUUGAUCAUUCUUCCAGUAUGUCCUUCUUUAAACCAGGACUGCCUUAUAUUGGACAUGUAACACUUACACAGGCAAAUGGUAACCCAAUUAUAUCCAGCACUAAGGAUGUUCGGCUUGUGAGCUAUGUGAAGUUCUACGACUCCACCUUGUACAGGUAUCGGGCUCAGUACCUCGCUGAACAAACAUACGCCCCUCCACCAACUGGUGUCCUGGAAGUUUCGGUAGAUCCGCCAGUGAAUGCAACUUCUCUACAUUUAGAGGUAUUUUAUCAAGGCCUUACCUCUACACUUAAUGUAAACAAACCGUACUGGUUAAUGGAUGAAGGCAAUAUACAGCUAUCCCAGAACUCUUCUUCAAUUACAGUAGGAAAGGGUGCAAUAUUUGAUGUUAGGAGGGCUGACGGAAUCAGUCAUAUUCCAGUUUUCUAUGCGGUAAUUGCAAACAAUCGUAUGGUCCAUUCCGGAUAUCUGUACGACAAUGUGUCAAGUACGGUGCAGUUGUCGUUUUCCGUUACCGACAAGAUGAAACCUUUUGGAAAGAUUGUUGUUUAUUAUUUCCACACCGACGUAUGGAACGCUGAUGCUCUUUAUUUUGAUGUAAAGGAGGAUUCAAAUAAAUUCAAGAACAAGGUCGCUUUAUCAUUUGACAAAGGUACAGCUGAACCUGGAGAAAAUGUGAGCCUCUCAGUAACCAGUGAUCCUCAAUCUCUAGUAAACCUCCUGGCUGUUGACCAGAGUGUAUUGUUACUGGCGUCCGGAAAUGAUGUCACACAAGCCGACGUUAUAGCGUCACUGAAACUUGCGUCCCAUUCCUCUUCAGACUCAAGUGCACUUCAUGAUCCUCAAAGAGUACUAAAGACGACAGGCUUGCAGUUGUUGACCGAUGUUGACUCAUUCAGCUGGGCACAUCCGUAUUACAAGCGCCAGAUAGAUUGUGGUCCUUAUCCAGGUUACACAUACGCGCCUGGACAGUUUCCAACCUGGGUUCCUGGAAUGGUCCCAACGCCAGCUCCAGGAAAUACAUAUGCGCCUAAUCGCAUCCCAACGCCUGCACCAGGUUCCACAUACGCGCCUGGACAGUUUCCUACAUGGGUUCCUGGCUUAGUAUCCACGCCAUCACCAGGUUAUCAGCCCUUGCAGCCAGUGACGCAUACAAGAGAUUUCUUUCCGGAAACAUGGUUGUGGACAAAUGUAACUGUUGGCUCUAGUAGCAAUACCGUUGUUACAACUACAGUGCCUGACACAAUUACGUCGUGGUAUGCCUCUGCAUUCUCUGUGAACAGGCAAACAGGACUAGGGAUCACAAGCGGUGCAACUAAAUUUACAACUUUCCGACCAUUCUUCAUCAACCUAAAUCUCCCCUAUUCUGUGGUAAGAGGAGAGGAAGUUGUGCUUCAAGCUAAUGUCUUUAACUACAUGGGGCAAGAUCUAGAUGUUGUUGUGACUCUGGAGAAAUCGGAUGACUUUAAAGUUAUACUUAACGAUUCGCUCGGUCAUAUUACCUUCGUUUCAAAAGAAAUUGUGAAGAAUGUACACAUCAAAGCUGGUCAAACGGAAUCUGUGUUUAUACCUGUUGUGGCGGACAUUGUCGGUGUAGCAGAAAUCACAGUAAAAGCGCAAACACCAUACUCAGCGGAUCGAGUAAAGAGAGAGUUGAUUGUAGAAGCUGAAGGAACAACUAUGCAUUUUAAUGUUCCGCUGAUACUAAAUGAACACACAUCUGUAGAUAUUCCUCUAAGUUUCCCGCCAAAUUUUGUUGCCAAUUCGCAGAAAAUUCAGGUUUCAGCAAUAGGUGAUACAAUGGGUCCCACUAUAAAGAAUCUGAAGAGUUUAUUACGAAUGCCAACUGGCUGUGGCGAGCAGACAAUGACAAGUCUUGCGCCUGAUGUGUUUGUCUACAAUUAUCUACGUAAUACCAACAAACUGACAAAAGAUGUUGCGGAUAUGGCAUUAGAAUAUAUGUAUAAAGGCUAUCAAAGAGAGCUGACAUUUCAAAGAUCAGAUGGAUCUUUUAGCGUCUGGGGUCCUAGAGACAGCCAGGGAAGCAUGUGGUUAACAGCAUUUGUCUUGAAAUCGUUCCAUCAAGCAAGGGAGCAUGUGUAUGUAUCAGACACUGUUCUCGCACAGGCAGCUAACUGGAUUCUCCGUUACCAGAACUAUGACGGCUCGUUCCAACAAAAGGGCAGAGUAACCCACACUUCCCUCUUUGGAGGAUCGAGCAUUGGAUACAGUCUUACCGCAUUCGUGUUAAUUGCCCUUGCCGAAGCAGAGACUACACUUUCUCAACAUACCCAGUAUAACUACGCAUCUGGGAUUGUUAAGGCACGAACGUAUUUAGAAGAUGCAGUACGCAAUGAUAAAGUUACAGACGGUUACGAUUUAGCAAUAAUUAGCUAUGCUUUGAGUAAAUCUGGGAGUAUAUAUGCAUAUAAUUCCUGGACAAAACUUGACAAGCUCGCCGUCAAGACUGGAGACGGAAAAAUGUUUUGGAAUUCUACAAGAAGACCUCAACUCAGCGGCUGGAUGUAUAGUUACUACCAGAGCCCACCACUGGAUAUCGAGGUUGCCUCGUAUGCGUUAUUGUACCUUAUUGACAGUAGACAACUUCAGACUGGCUUCCCUAUUCUACAUUGGCUGGUUUCCCAACGUAACUCUAGGGGAGGUUUCAGAUCUACACAGGACACGGUCCUUGGACUUCAAGCAAUGUCAGAAUAUGGAUCUAUAUUCAAGGAUAACCUAGAUCUGACAAUCGAUGUAGAAUCUGGCAGUUUCCACAAACAAAUGCAUAUUGCUCAAAACGAGGCCAUGGUCUUAAAACUGCUUGAUAUACCAAACACAGCGAUCUUCCGCGGUAACAACAGCUUUAAUCACCCGCCUGCAGUGGCUCUACAGGGAACUGGUACUGGCUCCGCUUUAGUUCAGGUAUCAGUAUCGUUCAAUGUAGAAACAGAAGUCUCUCUUCCCGCAUUCAACAUUACAACUACCAUUAUUAGAGAAACACUGCGCUCCAUUGUACUACGGACAUGUACAAGAUACCUACCACAGAGAUUUAUCAAUCCUGGAAUGGCGGUAAUUGAGAUAGAUCUCCCAUCAGGUUUCUCGGCAGAUCUCGAAAGCCCGGACACAAAGCUAGAUCAUGCUAGACAGUCUGAAAUAAGGGACGAAAAGACUGUUGUUCUUUAUUACGACCAGAUAUUACCGGAUGUAUACCCACAAACAUGUGCUACAGUUGAAAUGAUCAGAACAGACCUUGUUGCCAAAACAAAACCAGCUGCCAUCCGGGUAUUUGACUACUACCAGCCAGAUAACCGUGCCCUGAUGUUCUUCGAAUCUACACUUCUGAAGGAUUCUUCAUUCUGUGAUAUUUGCAGCACAUGUGGAUGUCCUUAGAUUAUAUCAACAUGGAUAUUAGAUAACAUCAACCUAAUUUCAACUGUGAUUAAUGCAAAACUGUCUUUGAAAUGUAGUUUACACUUUGAAAUGUAUCUAGUUAAAUAAAUAGAAAGCAGAAGAA